AUGCCACUAGUGAAAAGAAACAUUGACCCUCGGCACUUGUGCCAUACAGCGCUGCCCAGGGGCAUUAAGAACGAGCUGGAAUGUGUAACCAACAUCUCCCUGGCAAAUAUAAUUAGACAACUGAGUAGCCUAAGUAAGUAUGCGGAAGACAUAUUUGGAGAAUUGUUCAAUGAAGCACAUAGUUUUUCCUUCAGAGUUAACUCACUGCAAGAGCGCGUGGACCGCCUGUCUGUCAGUGUCACACAGCUGGACCCUAAAGAAGAAGAAUUAUCUUUGCAAGAUAUCACGAUGAGAAAAGCUUUCCGAAGUUCUACAAUUCAAGAUCAGCAGCUUUUCGACCGCAAGACUUUGCCCAUCCCACUGCAGGAGACGUACGAUGUCUGUGAGCAGCCUCCACCGCUCAACAUCCUCACUCCUUACAGGGACGAUGGGAAGGAAGGGCUGAAGUUUUAUACCAAUCCUUCGUAUUUCUUUGAUCUGUGGAAAGAAAAGAUGUUGCAAGAUACAGAGGAUAAGAGGAAGGAAAAGAGAAAACAGAAGCAGAAAAAUCUAGAUCGUCCUCAUGAACCUGAAAAAGUGCCAAGAGCUCCUCAUGACAGGCGGAGAGAAUGGCAGAAGCUGGCCCAGGGUCCAGAGCUGGCUGAAGAUGAUGCUGAUCUCUUACACAAGCAUAUUGAGGUUGCGAAUGGCCCAGCCUCUCAUUUUGAAACAAGGCCACAGACAUACGUGGAUCAUAUGGACGGAUCUUACUCACUUUCUGCCUUGCCGUUCAGCCAGAUGAGUGAACUUCUGACCAGAGCAGAGGAAAGGGUCUUAGUCAGACCCCAUGAGCCACCUCCGCCUCCACCAAUGCAUGGGGCAGGAGAUGCAAAGCCCAUACCCACCUGUAUCAGCUCGGCCACAGGUUUGAUAGAGAAUCGCCCCCAGUCACCAGCUGCAGGCAGAACACCCGUGUUUGUGAGCCCCACUCCCCCACCUCCUCCACCACCUCUUCCAUCCGCCUUGUCAACUUCUUCCUUGAGAGCUUCGAUGACUUCAACUCCUCCCCCACCAGUCCCUCCCCCACCUCCACCUCCAGCCACCGCUCUGCCAGCCCCAGCAGUGCCCCCACCGCCAGCUCCUCUGCAGAUCGCCCCUGGCGUUCUUCACCCAGCUCCUCCUCCCAUUGCUCCUCCUCUAGUCCAGCCUUCUCCACCAGUAGCUAGAGCUGCCCCAGUAUGUGAGACUGUACCGGUUCAUCCACUCCCACAAGGCGAAGGGCAGGGGCUGCCUCCACCCCCACCACCGCCUCCUCUGCCACCACCUGGCAUUCGGCCUUCAUCACCCGUCACCGUUGCAGCUCUUGCUCAUCCUCCCUCUGGGCUACAUCCAACUCCAUCGACUGCCCCAGGUCCCCAUGUUCCAUUAAUGCCCCCGUCUCCUCCAUCACAAGUUAUACCUGCUUCUGAGCCAAAGCGCCAUCCAUCCACCCUGCCUGUGAUCAGUGACGCGAGGAGCGUGCUGCUGGAAGCAAUACGGAAAGGUAUUCAGCUACGAAAAGUCGAAGAGCAGCGUGAGCAGGAAGCUAAGCAUGAGCGAAUUGAAAAUGACGUGGCCACCAUCCUGUCUCGCCGUAUCGCUGUGGAGUACAGCGACUCGGAAGACGACUCGGAGUUCGACGAAGUAGACUGGCUGGAGUAAGAAGGUCGCCUUGCUGCGAUUGCGGGACUGAAUGCACAUGUCCUUUGUGGCGCUUGUUCUUUGAAAAUGUUUGGUCAUCCUAGUGUUUUGCUUCCUCUUCCUCACAAUGAAUAACCCUCUUCCUCCAUAACUUUUGAUUUCUAUGAAAAGUAUUAGCAUAUAUUUCAAACUAAAUAUUUUACAGUGGCUUAUCUUCUUUCCCGCCCCCCCCCCUGGAAAAAUAUAAUUUGGUUCAAUAAACCACUAAGUAUUAAGCAUGGGCAGCCGUUGUUAGAGUAGCAGAUUCAGUUUUUGAUAUACCUUAAUUGUGCACUUUGUGAUUUGUUUUUUAAAUUUAAAGAAAGCACCUGAGGAGGGAACCUCGAGGGCAGCUGUGUCUGUUAA